AGCUGAUCUAUGAGGAAGUAAACAUUAAUUGACAACAUUACGGGAACUAGCGGAAGGACGAGCUCUCCAAAUGGCAUCUCUCAUUUGCACUUUACAAGAUCAUCAAGACGAUGUCAACUGGUGUGCCUUCUCAGCCAAACUUUUAGCCACAUGCUCUGGGGAUAAAACUGUUAGGGUAUACAGCAGUCAUGACUUCUCAGAGCUGCCCUUCUCCCCGCUGUCAGGACAUGGGUACAGUGUCCACUGCUGCUGCUUCAGUGCCUGUGGUCAGUUUCUCGCCUCAUGCUCCACCGAUGCAACCAUCAUGGUCUGGUCCAUGGCCACAGGGGACAUUGAGGCCAUCCUUGAGCAUCCUGGUCGCAGCCCUGUCAGGAUCUGUGCUCUCUCUCCUGACUCUGUCUACCUGGUUUCUGGUGCCUCUGAUGGCACAUUGGCUCUCUGGAAUUUCUCUUCUAAGCAACUGCUGAGGACCGGGGAAGUGAGUGACACAACAAUGGUAGCUUGCUCCUUCAGCCCCUGCAGUCAGAUGUUUAUGACUGGCUCCACCUAUGGAGACCUGCGGCUCUGGGACCUGAACAUGAAUCAGCUCCAUGCAGAGAAGAACGCCCAUGACCUGGGAGUCUCCUGCUGCACAUUUGCCCCCAGCAUACUCAGUGGUGGUCAUGUUGUGCAGUUCCGUAUGGCAUCUUGUGGGCAAGAUUGUCUCCUAAAGAUAUGGGCCAUUAACAAGUUCAGCGCUGGAGCCUGUAAAAUGCAGCUGCUGCACACAUUAACCGACCAGUCGGCCCCAGUCCUCUGCUGUGCAUACUCCUCAGAUGGCCAGUUGCUUGUGUCUGGCUCUGUGGACAAAACUGUCAUAAUCUACGAUGCAAAUAAUGCAGUUUUGCUUUACACUCUGAAGCAGCAUGAGAGGUAUGUGACAGCAUGUUCCUUCUCUCCAACAUCGCCAUUGAUUGCUACAGGAUCUAUGGAUAAGACCGUAAAAAUCUGGAGGAUGGAGGAUGGAUGCAGUGGACAUGGUGGAAAGACUUUACCUGAAGAGUCUGCACAGACAUCCACUGAAGGGAGAGCCUCAGCAGGCCGCUCGAAGCUGCUGGUCGCUGAUUGGUCGGAGGAGGAUGUGUCAGAGUGGCUGGUGGAGGAGGGCCUUGGGGGAUUGGUGGACAAAUUCAAGGCCAACAACAUAGAUGGGACUGAGAUGCUCUGUCUCACCAAGGAAACACUGGCGUCAGAGCUGCACAUAGAGUCUGUCGGCUUGCGCAGUAAACUCCUGAGGAAGGUGCUGGAGCUGAAGAGUGAUUCAGUGUGUUUGGGCAUUCCUGAUGAGUUCUUGUGUCCAAUCACCAGAGAGCUGAUGAGGGAGCCAGUUAUUGCUGCUGAUGGCUACUCGUAUGAAAAAGAGGCAAUUGAGAGUUGGAUAAACACCAAGAACCGCUCCAGCCCCAUGACUAACCUUCCUUUACUGACGAUCCUGCUCACACCUAAUCACACUCUGAAGAUGGCUAUUGGUCGAUGGAAAACAAGCCACUAGCAUCCAAGAGGCCUCCGCCAUGCUCCAUCAACUACAUUCAUAAAGUAGACAGAAACAGGAUAAAGCGCUAAUAUCAGUCCUGCAGCACUCAAAUAGCUUCCAAUGUGUCUGAUUAUGUUGCAUUUGACAUGAUGUGGAGAAAAACAAAAUUGCAACCCUAAAUCUAAAUAUUCAAUCAGCACCGGUUGUUGGUUGCCAGCACAACGUAGACAAGUGGUGAAACGUUCAAGUUUUGGCCACUUAAAGAACUGAACUUGCAGUCAUGAGAAAGAAAGUUUUCCCCUCUUUCAUUUCUAAGAUUUAAUGUUGAAAAUGACCUGUUCAUUACCGGGUCUUUAAGUGACAUUAAUCUAACCUCAGAUUAACAAAAGCACGGGACAUGUUACAGAGUUAUUAUUAAACAAAAAUUAAGCCAAAAUGCAGAAGCAGUAUGCGAAAACCUGCACUACUCUUAAAAAAAAAAAAGAAAGAAAUAUUCAUAUUUUUGUAUGAUGCCAGAGUACACCCACAAUGGAUUAUAAACUUUGCGGGUCAACUUGGUUUGACUGUCUCCAAGCCUUUGAAUGCACACGUAAAUAUAUCACAUUGCAUAACAUAACAAAUUCCACCCUAAAGUUGAACAUCUGUAACGUUCUUUGUGUAGUGUAAGUACAUCCUUUAAGUAGCAUCCAGGUGCUGCUGAUUAAAUGCACUUGAUUAACUGAUCAUCAGCUAGUUGGAGCACCUCUAUAAAAGAAGAUUUUUUGUCAGUUUGCUGCUCUGGAGCAUUCAGAUGUGUGUUGACACAAUGCCAAUAAGGGAAGAAAUCAGCAAUGAUCUUAGAGAAACAAUUGUUGCUACCUAUUGAACUGAAAUUUUUCUGUUUCGUAACUUACACAAUUCUUUGCUUUAGUGCUUGCUUGGUCAUGAAAACCAGUUUAUAUCAAGAUAAGAAGUCAGAGGUAAAUUUCACCUCCUGGCAUUUUUACUUCUUGUGGAGUUUAUUACAAGUACCAGACAGAAAACACAUUGUUAAAAGUAAUGCUAGAUGUCUGUAAAUUCUCUCGGGUAAACAAUACAGAAAUGACAUGUACAUGAAUAAUAUGCUAUUAUUUCCUCUUCAGAUUCAAUGAGUAUAAUGAUUCAACUAUUGCUGCUUUGUAGUUCAGAUAGACAGUAUAUAGAUCCAUUAUAUCAGAAAAUGGGCCAAAUAACUUGGUACACAUCGGCAUAUUGGAUACUGGGUCAUAUCGCUUGAUUUUCUUUGGCUCAUUUUGUCCACUUUUGAAGGAUAAACUGCAAAUCAGUUCACUUGUUUCAAUUGAUCACCUCAUGAUAAGAUUUAUGCUGAUGGGAGCAAUCUCUUGAACGAUGACAAUUCUCCCAUCCAUUAAGCAUGAGUAGUCACUGAGUGGUUGAUGAGAAUAAAAAUGAUAUGAAUCAUAAACUGUGACUUUCACAGCCACUAGAUCCUGACUCAGAUGAACAUCUAAGGGAGGUUUUGGAUAACCGUGUUACACAGCUCUUCUCCGUCAUUAUUAUUAUCAUCAAAACACCAAAAGAAGGAAAAAUAGUGUUUAAUUUCUGCACCAGAGUUCAAGUUCUUGUAGAUCUGAAGCUGAAGUCUACUGAAGCUGGUGUGACAGAACAUGAAUCACCUAAAGCUUUACAGACAUUUUGUGUUGAUGAUGCCUGUUAAUUAGAAAAAAGGGAUGGAUGGGCUCAUGUAAGUAAAUACUAUAACAUUUCCAUUGGUAUAUCUCCAAAAUUUGGUUUCGAUUUCCAUCCAGUAAGCUUCUCAUAUUAAAUACUUAGUUAAUACAUGUGCUCAUUAUUGAGUCCUUAGUUAAAUGAAUCUUUUUGAAUUUUCAUCCUAAAAAAAACUUCUACGAUCAACUAGACUUUUGACUUUGUGUGGGUAAGCCUAACCCCCAGACACAGACACGGAUAAUGCUUGGCCACAGGAGUUUGGGUUUUACUUCUCAGUAUGAGCAACAUAAUAAAUUUAUAAAGAUAUACAAAAUUCAGAUAUGGCAAUGUUCUCAGUUUUAUAUGAGAAGUUUAUUAUAAUGGCAUCAUUAAAGAUUUAGAUAUGUUUUGUUUUUUUGUGAAAGAACAGAAGCUUUCAUCCUUCCAUAUGUAGCCCAGAGCUUAACAUUUCUGAAUUAUACAAAUGAAAGAAGUAGAUGUAGAAGAUGUAGUCCUUCAUUAAUAUUUUUAUUAUACCACAAUAAUAAUGUGGUAACAUUCUGGAUACCAUAGUAUGACUCUGAAAGGUUAUAUAACAACUAUGGACAUACUGCAAUGUAAGAAUCUCUUAAGGUCUUUUUUUCUAUCCUACUGUACACUCUGUAAACACUCUCUUUGCAUUCAAAUAAAACCAUAAACACUUAA